AUGUUACGAGAAUUCUGUCAGGUUCAUGGCUCUGAAAUUCAGGAGAACAUCCCAAGCACGUGUGUCAGUACUGCCGAGACCUCCUGGUGGGACAGUUCUAGCCUGUCCCACGGGGUCACUCUCACAGUGCAUAAGAGAACUCACAGUGGAGAGAGGCCUCAUGAAUGUAAUGAAUGUGGCAAAGCCUUUACAGAUCCAUCAGGUCUUAGAUGGCAUAAGAGAUCUCACAGUGGAGAGAGGCCUUAUGAAUGUAAAGAAUGUGGCAAAGCCUUUACUCGGUCCUCACAGCUCACAGUUCAUAUGCGAACUCACAGUGGAGAGAGGCCUUAUGAAUGUAAAGAAUGUGGCAAAGCCUUUACUGAUUCAUCAGGUCUUAGACGUCAUAAGAGAUCUCACAGUGGAGAGAGGCCUUAUGAGUGUAAAGAAUGUGGCAAAGCCUUUACUCAGUCCUCACAGCUCACAGUUCAUAAGAGAACUCACAGUGGAGAGAGGCCUUAUGAAUGUAAUGAAUGUGGCAAAGCCUUUACUCAGUCCUCNNNACUCACACUUCACAAGAGAUCUCACAGUGGAGAGAGGCCUUAUGAAUGUAAAGAAUGUGGCAAAGCCUUUACUCAGUCCUCACAGCUCACAGUUCAUAAGAAAAGUCACAGUAGAGAGAGGCCUUAUGAAUGUAAAGAAUGUGGCAAAGUCUUUAGUUACCUUUCAUAUUUCAGAAAGCAUGAAAGAUCUCACCUUGGAGAGAGACCUUAUGAAUGCAAUGAAUGUGGCAAAGCCUUUAGUCAGUCCUCACACCUCACAAUUCAUAAGCGAACUCACAGUGGAGAGAGACCUUAUGAAUGCAAUGAAUGUGGCAAAGCCUUUACUCAGUCCUCACACCUCAUGGUUCAUAUGCGGUCUCAAACUCAUAGUGGAGAGAGGCCUUAUGAAUGUAAAGAAUGUGGCAAAGCCUUUAGUGGAUCCUCACAGCUCACAGUUCAUACAAGAACUCACAGUGUAUAG